GCACAUUUCAGACAACAGGACGACUCAAAGUGGUUUACACAAAACCAGUUCAUCUCCAGCUGAUGGUAAACCUCUGGAAGAUGAGCACGAGGACAUCCAGCUCCAGAUGCAUCAUGUCGACAGGCGUCAUGAAGACUUUUAACUUUCUACUUUUAACUAGUUUGCUGUUUCCUGAAACUAUCCUGGGAGCGUAUCUUAUCAGUUGUCCAGCUCUGAUCGAGGCAGUAGAAGGGGACGCUGUGACUCUGCGGGGUUCUCUGCGUCCUCCGGUCAACUUGUCUCCUUACACAGUGGAUCUGAAGAGAACAGACCUCCGUGACGACCUCGUCCACGUGUACCGACAUGGACGGGACGAUGUCCUCUCACAGAGUCAUCGCUACAAACACAGAACUACCCUGGUCCAUGGAGACCUGAUCCGAGGAGACGUGACUCUGCAGAUCUCCCCGGUAAACCUGUCUGACGCUGGCCGGUACAAAGUCUAUGUCCCAAAACUGAAAGCCCAAUGUGGUUUUAACCUCACUGUUGAAAGAAAAGCGAACAGGACAAAGAGAAAUGAUUUCACCACGCCUGGACGUCCAGUGGAGCACCAGACCGAGUCAGAGCAUCGGGGUAAAUGUCUCAUAGUCCUCCAGAAAACUGACGUGUCCUCACUCAGGCUGUUUAGUGUGUGAGUGAUGGUUGUGGUUGUUGUUGUGGUUAGGUGUGCAUC